UUCCCGUGAACUGAAGCCUGCACAAAGAUAAAAGGUCUUGGCUUUGCAUCAUCACCUUACCUCCCUAUUCAUCGCUCUUUUUGUCCUCUCUGAUCUCAUCUGUUUUCAUUUUCGUUUCAUCGCUGUCUGCACUAUUAAAACUCACAACUUCCCAGCACAACCAACUCAAAACACUCUCACUUUUACUCCCUCUUCAGUGCUUGCACAUGCAUGGUAGUUUACACCUGUGAAGCAUUAAAUUUUCUCUCCACAUUUGGUCUAACUGUGUAGGAAAAUGUCAACUUCUGUUUCGUCUUUGAGGCGACUUAGCGGAAAAGAAGAUUCGAGAUCAUCUUCUUGGAGAUGGGGAAUAGGUGGUGGUGGUGGUGGUAGCAACAACUACUGUGGAGAAAAUAGGGACUGCGGGGAGGGAAGUUUGAAGCAAAUGGAAGGGCUGAACAUUUACGGCGGUGGAGAUAAUGGUGGGUUGGUGAUGAGGAAGAGAGUGAUGGUUUUAGUGGAUCAAACUUCUCACUCCAAGCAUGCAAUGAUGUGGGCUCUUACUCAUGUAACCAACAAGGGUGAUUUACUCACACUUCUUCAUGUCAUACUUCCUUCCGAUCACCAUGACUCUUCUUCUAAUUAUUCUCCUUGCCUCGCUAACUCCCUUGGCUCUCUCUGCAAGGCCUGCAAAUCUGAGGUGGAAAUUGAAGCACUGGUGAUCCAGGGACCAAAACUGGCCACAGUGAUAAACCAAGUUAAAAAGCUAGAGGUAUCUGUGCUAGUACUGGGUCAAAAGAAGCCUUCUCCACUCAUUAACUGCUUCUGUGGCACGAGCAGAACUGAGGAGUUUGUGGAGCAGUGCAUAAAAAAUGCUGAGUGCUUGACUGUUGGUGUGAGGAAGCAAAGCAAAGGGAUGGGUGGAUACCUUAUCAGCACUAGAUGGCAGAAGAAUUUCUGGCUGCUGGCCUAAACUCGUCAAGGCUCUACUGGAUAAUGUAUUAAAUUAUAAAUCCUGAGUCUUAAAAUAUUAGGCCUAUAUAUCAACUAAGCAUAUGGGAGUCUGUAAUAAUAAUAGAACAUCUAAUCCAAUAUUAAUAUCUGAAUCUACUUUCAA